AUGGCCUCACCCAGCGCAGAAGGCCCCUCGCCGCCGGCGGGCCACUUCCGCCGCCUGAACACGUCGAACGUGGGCCCCGUGGACUUGACCUCCAGCGAUGAGGAGAAUCCGAACUCCCGCGCCCCUGCCCAGGAGACCCUGACCCAGGCCCUCGGGGACAUUCUGCAGAGAGGCGGCGUGGCAAGCCAGGCCCCGUCGCAGCCAGCUGAAGCAGGGGCCGCCGCCGAGGGCCCAGAUCAGCCCUCUCCAAAGCGUCCUCGCGCGGCCCCCGCGGCGCCAGCGGUGUCCGAAUCGGGAUCACCGCUCGACCAGGUGGCCAGGAUCCAGAAGUCCGUGCAGGACCAAUAUCCCACGGCGGGCAAGGAGAAGCAGGCGGUGCUGUCCAUCCUGAAGCUCCUGUGCGAGGCGUCGAUCUCGAACUACCAGCUGAGCAACCGCCACAAACUCUGCAUUCUGCUGUUCAUCGACGGCGAGGACUGGCGCGCCCAUUUCAAGCAAGUCUUCAGGUACUCGGACGGGUGCUGGGACCACGCGCCCAGCUUCGAUGCGAACGCCUGGGAACUGCUCACCGCUACGGAGGGCUUGUUGGCAAUGGUCGGCGGCGCAGACAGAGACCCUGGAGCGUUCGAGUGCGUAGUGUUCCAGUGGUCCCAAGUCCAGCCCGUGGCGGCAGGCUUUCUCACCAACGGCCGUGCGAACGUGACGCAGGGGCUGCGUGAGUUCGCCAAGGAGCACUCCGCCGCGUUGCAGAAGACCACGAACAACAAGGUCUGGAAGGGCAACUGGCUGCUCCGCUGCGGCGAGAUGAUGGGCAGCUUUAAGAAGCAGUGGGACAGCGGCAGUCUCCGAGCACCACUCACUAAGCUGUUCCUCACGCACUGCGAGACGCCGAAGCUGCAGUCGAAGGGCGUCAAGUGCCUGGACGUCUACCUGGACGCCCAGUGGGACCCAGCUCCAGCUCAUCGCGACAAUCACUGCUACGUGAGGGUUCCGUGGAAGUACCAAUGGACGCCCGCCGAGCUCGAGGCCGAGGGCAUCGUGGAGGCGGACUGGGCCGACCGCCUCGCAACUUUCCUUCAGGGCCUGUACUUCGACAACCACGGCGUGUUCCAACUCGAGAUGGCCGCCCUGCACCUUGCCUUCGCGCAGGUGACCUCCGCCAAGAUGACAUUCGAGAUCGGCGGGGGCGGAGGCGGGAAGCACGCCGAGUCGCAGCUUCAGGAACACCUGUUCGGUACCGACCACGUGCACUACCUCGACUGCGGCGCCUUCCAAGACCGCAACGAGUGGCGCAAGGAGUGCGACGGCGGCGCCUCGUUCCUGGGCGACAUCUGGAAGCGCUUCGUUGUGGACGAGGCGCUCACCUGCCGCGUGAACUAUGGCUUCAACAGCAGUCGCAAGUUCGGCGAGUCCAAGAAGGACUUGGAGUUAAACUGGGAGAACAUCCCGACCAUCGAGUUCUCUGGGAGCAGCGAGAAGGCGCUGGUGCAACUGCAGCGGAGGAUCAUCUGCUGCCGCAUGGGCCGCGCGCAGUUCGUGAACGACCCGAAGGACGUGGAUCAUUCCAAGGGGCGGUUCCUCAACAUCCCGCAGGCGGAGCUCGACCCCUUCCUCGCCCACGGUUUCACGGCGUGCUUGAUGUUUCGGAACUGGUGCCGCCCCUAUUUCCAGAGUGCGGAGGGGUCCAUCGCCAACUGCCUGCGCAUGCAGGACAACUUGAUGGCCGUCUGCCCGAGGGUCGCUCGGGACACCGCGUGGCUGGGCACGCGCCUCAGCGGCGGCCAUGAUGCUCCGCCCGGCGAGGAGGACGAGACCCACGCGGAGGCCACGAAGCUCGUCGUCGCCGCCCACAAGGCCACGCCGGCCAAGCCUGUCCUGAAGGAGUACUUGUUCUCGUCGCUCGCUUGUUUGCCAGGGGCGCGCCAGGCGGGCAGGAAACAUGCCUCUAAGUGGCAAAACCUGGUCGAUGCUCUGGAGAAGUCCCCCGUGGCCCUCUUGCAGCGCUCCGACGCGAACGCGGUGCGGAAGCUCCUGGUCAACUACGACAGCAUGGUCGAAGCCAUGGUCGCGAAUGGGGGCGAUCAGGCGUUCGGGAGCUGGGGCGACUGGGGAUCCCCGUUCGACCACAUCGAUAGCCAGGCCAACCUGACGCAGGACGGAGCCGUGGAGUGGUACAGCAUGAUCCUGGAGAACAUGAACGAUGUCACUGGCCGCGAGGGCAGGCUGGCCACGGACUUCACGUGCACAGAAAAGCCAGAUUUCAUCGGCCUGAUGGAAUAUGCGAAGACUGGGAACGAUCGGGGGCAGCAGGUGCUGGAGGCGUACCUGCAGAGGUGCGAGGACGCCUGGGUGGCCAGCGGCCAGGACUCUUCCGUCAGCCUGCAGGUGCCGUACCAGACGAAGGAGUGGUACAAGCGGAAGUUUGCGCGCGGGCCUGCUGGGCAGAAGCUGUCUCGCGAGGCGAGGAAAGUCGCUUUCCCUGACCAUGUGGGCUCCGACGCUCCGUGCUGCCACCCGCGGCUCUUCAAGGUAGCCCUGCAGCGGGCGGGCGUGUACUCCGAGGACCGCUUCCCCAUGCUGGCGCGCGUGUGCCGCUUCUACAAGCAGUGGAGGUCCGCGCUGUCGCAGUAUCUCGGAGUCCCAGUGGAAGAGGCGAAGGUGGAGAUCAUCAAGAUCUUCUAUGGAGCCAGGCCCGUGGCCCAGGUACCGUGGCUCCUCAAGCUCUGCAGCGAGGUCAAGGACGGCGUGGCCGCCGUGCUGGCGCACGCCGAGUUCGCGGACUACAGGCAGCUGUACGCCGACAGGCCGUCUCCCGAUUACAGUCGGAUGGCGGCCGUCCUGUCCCAGCUGGAGGACGACGCUCUCAUGGUCCUCAUCACGAGCCUCCGCCGCAUUGCCGCCACCACCAGCGAGGUGCUGCUCUUCGACGGCUGCCUUGCGCUGGCGACGUGCUUUCAGCAGGAGGCCCUGGUGCGGCUGGCGGUGGCCACGGCGAACGAGGCCUCCUGCGUCGAAUUCGCCAUCCAAUCCUGGCCGAGCACUUCGACCGAUCGUCCGGGCGUUGCCGUCCUGCACAGCUGCGGGUCCCAGGUCUGUCUCCUCCAGACCCCCGUGCCAGACAAGGGCAACUUCCUCCUGACGGCGGCAUGGUGGGCGGGCAUGGGCGCCCCGAUGGCGGACCUCUCUCCGGAGGACCUGGCAGUCCUGACAAUGCAAGAGGUCAACGACAACUCCCUCUACAGCUCCCAGAGGAACAACUCCGCCGCGACCUUCUUCGUCCCCGUGCACGAGCACCUCAUUUUCGAAGGGGUCCACUCUGGCCGCUCGGUCGUGGUCGUGGAGGGCCCCUCCCGCGCGGGCACGCCGAGGCACGUCUACGGCCUGCGGUACAGCAACAAGGAGCUCGGGCUCUUUGACCCCGCGGCCCCCGCGCUCGUGCAGGUGAUGCAGGCAGAGUACUACCUCGGCAAGGCGCAGGGCCGCAACCUGGAUGAGGCCUGGCGCAGGUUCACAAAGGGAGAGGAGGCGGCCGCUCGCCCGAGCUACAGCGGCGAGGACCUCAAGGACAAGUUUACCAACAGCACCAAGACGGCCGAGGAAAACAAAGCGGACAAGGGGCCUGCUGGAGGGACCAGCACGAACGACGGGAUGAGCAAGAUAUGGCAGAGACGCGUCGUCGACCCGAAGAUCAAUUCUGACGCCUCGCCUAUGGCUUUCCAAGAGUGGCAGCGCAAGCUAUGCUCCCCAUGGUUCUCCUCGCACAAAGCCAUCGUUGAGCACGUCGUCAAAAGGCCGCUGAUCAUGCCCAAGGGGGUGCCCGACGCGCUGACUGUGAGAGCCGCCGCUGUAUUCAUACGUUUCGGCGUGGCGCGCACGCGCGACAAGUGCCCCCAGUGCUCCGGCCCCGCCAAGUUCGUGUGCCGCGUGACCAAGGGGGGGAACACGUACGCUUGGACCUGCGCCAGCGUUGGGCACAAGCACAUGGAGGUGCAGCUCAACUCCGAGGGCUGGCUCAAGGGCGUGCAGGUGAACUCGUGGAUGCCGUUCUUACAUUUCGUGAACUUGCUCCGCCUGGGGCGGCCCUACAAGGACAUCAAGGCUGAGGUCGAGGCGGGUUGCGGAAACUACAGCAAGAACGCGUUCCUGGCAUGGCGGAGGCUCUACCAGGAGACGUUGGGGAAAGGCGCGGUCUCCUUGGGCGUCCACGCAAUCGGCGGGCCGAAUCGGACGGUUGUCGUCGAUGAGACCGUCAUCGGCGUGCGCAAGGAGGACGGGUGGGCCGUCGAGAACAAGGGCAUAUCAAAGCGGGGCGCCAGGCAGCGCCGCCAGGCGCCCCGCAGGACCCACCGCUCCACUCGCAAGCUCGUCAUGAAGGGCGUCCUGAAGAGGCAGCCUGCGCGCGCGGUCUACCGCAACCAGGAGCCAACCGAGCGCGACUCGAACUACCUGAAGACGAGGAAGGGCACCGCGAAGCGGGCGCCAGCCAUGAGGAAGGCGGCUGCGAGGAAUUCUGGGCGGUGGCUGUGGCUGGCGAUCCGCGUCGGGCGCGGGAAGACGGUGUGCACGCACGAGAAUAAGAAUAACAAUAUGAUUGCCUAUCGACUUCUUCCGCGGGCGGCAGAUGCGCAGGAGGGCGCGCCGCGUGGGCUGGGGGAGAUCAAGGCCACGCUGGAGGAGAAGGUGAAGAAGGGCACCUUCCUGGUCCACGACGGCUGGACGUCCACCACCGCUGCCGUGAAGGCCCUGGGCUACAAGAGCGCGCCUCCCGUCGUCCACGAGGAGAACUAUCGCGACCCCUCCACUGCCUUCCACACCAACGACGCCGAAUCUGAAAACUCUCGGCUGAAGGGGUGGAACCGCCAGCGCUACGGCCAGUUGCAGCUCGACGCGCUGGAGAUGGAGGAGUACGUGUUCUACGUCAACGUGGGCGACGACGUGGAGGGCAUGUUCAAGGGCCUCUCGUAUGCCAACGGGGGCCCGUGGCAGAACAGGCUGCUCUGA